AAUAGUUGUAAGACAAAGUAACAGAUCUGAAAACUAUGAAAUUUAUCAUUGUCUUGUGCGUUGUUGCUUUGGCUUUGGUGGCCUCAGCAAUGAAAAGCGGCUCUUCGAGAAAAAAAUCGAUUGUCGUCCCAAUGCCAUCAUCGUUAUCUUCAGUAGUGUCAAUGUCUCCAUUGAGUGGAUUGAUUCGUAUGGUUGAUGCGAAUAUUAACCCGGAAAAUGUGCGAGAAGCUGCUACAAAAUAUAAAGGCACUACAUGGAUGAAAAAAUGCUGUGGUGUGCAUGUCAUAAAUUAUGGAAAUAUGAUCAAGCAAUUAAAAUCAACUAUACCGAAAAAAGACGAUAACUUCUCAUUUCUAAAUGAUGUCAUUGAAAGUGUAAAUGGAACGGUUGAACAUUUCACAACGUUGUACAAUGGAGAUGAAUAUGCUGAAAAUUGGCUUAACUUUGAUGUACGUGAAAUGGAAAAAAAUGCAGACGAAUUAAGGGAACUUUUCAAUAAUACAAAUCUUUCGAAAACUGCCAAGGAAAUGAUCGAGAGAAUUUGCAUCGAUAUUCACACAGUUGUUUGCUGGUUGAAAGGUUCAAGGGGUCCAUAUCCACCGAUGAUAUUACCAAACAUGGGAGCGAAUGUAGUAAACUAA